AUGGAUGAUACCGCACCUUUCAAUACACUGGGCGUUUAUGCCAAAUCAACCAUGAUCGCUCUUCAGGAGCUGCAGAGCGCAGGGUGGCAGCCAGUUGACGAUGGGGUCGUGCGCUUGCUGCUAGUGGAAAGAGCUAAGGUCAAUGCUCAAGGCGCACAUUUCGGGAAUGCUCUCCAAGCUACAUGCAUUGAAGGACUAUUGUUGAUCAUAAUAGAAUAG